AUGUUGAUGAAACACGAAGGGGAUAUUGAUGUGUUUUUGGAACAGGCUAAAAAUGAGUCGUAUAGACAGGUUGUCAAUUUGGGAACUCUCGGAUUAUCCUGUGCCCGUGACAUUGUUGCUACUGCUGCUUUAAGAAGUGCACAACUUGGACAAGUUCAACUAGCUGAUUUACAUCGUUCUUUGAGCACUAAAGAAAGAAAAGUAAAAAUUUUUUUUAUUUCUGAAUUUUGGGUGCUUUUUUGGACUUGA